AUGGGCGACAAGGAUUCACCCUUGGGGGAUCUAACGGUUAUAAUUACCACUAUGGAUGGAAAAGUUUCACGCUUGGAGGAUCUAGUGGAUAUAAUUACCCCUAUGGGAAGCAAAGAUCUACCCUUGGGGGAUUCAACACAUAUAAUUGCCAUUAUGGACGACAAGGAUCCACCCUUGGGGGAUCCAUCAGAUAUAAUUACCCCUAUGGGUGACAAGGAUCCACCCUUGGGGGAUCUAGCAGAUAUAAUUGCCACUAUAGGCGGAAAGGAUCCACCUUUGUGGGAUCCAACGAAUAUAAUUGCCACUAUGGGCGGAAAGGAUCCACCCUUGGAGGAUCCAUCAGAUAUAUUUGACUCUAUGGCACUCUCUACAUACCCAUCUCAAAUCCAAUCUCUUUCUCUCACUAAGAAAAAACCCGAUCUGGUUUCUCUCAACCAAUUCUACUGCAACGAACUCCCUUCUCUCAUUCACCAACGAAACCCUAACCCUUUCAUCACCACUCAAGAACUUUCCAAACUCAUGCAAUGGAAACUCACCCGUGGAAAAUGGAGGCCGCGUUUGUUGGAUUUUGUCUCUUCGAUAGAAGAUGCUGUUGUGAAACGUUCUUCUGAGAAAGCUUUUGAGAGUCUUCCUGAUGUGGAGAAAGCGAUUUCUGAGUUAAGUGCGUUGAAAGGAGUUGGUCCUGCUACUGCUUCUGCUGUUUUGGCUGCUUUUGCUCCGAACUUGACCCCUUUUAUGUCUGAUGAGGUAGUUAUUCGUUUUUGUUUUAUCACAAGUUACAUUUUCAGUUCAAUCCCUUAUAUCAUCAUUAUCAUGAUCACAGUGCAUUUGAUAUCAACUUUUUUUAGUGUAUCCGUAUUUUAG